UUCUCGGCGGUACAGCAGUUGAGGAUGGUCUCUCGAUAGGCAAAACGCCCAUAACGUUCAGCAUCACAUUCAGUAAUCUUUAGGUAGGUCAGCAGCACGUCGUUGUUCGACUGAUAUCACAAAACUCGUAGUUAGCGACGGAUCGAACAAAAAUCAGCGGAUACAGCGACGGGCGAGCGCGCGGAAUAAUGAACGAAUGAAGCAAGAACAAUGGCCAACCUGACAGUCCCAAAACACAGCGGCUAACACAGACUGUGUCAGCCAGUGAGGGAGGGACAGAGGGAGGAGAAGGGAUAGAGGCUGAGGUAGAAGACAGCUGUCUGAUAAAGAUACGGAUGAAAUAAAAACAAAUAGCAUAUAUUUAGUCACUGAAACGGUAAAUAAAGUCAACGUUAUAGCUGUAACAUCGCGACGUCUAGAAGAGGGUCGCGUAAAUGUACGCGGAGUAAAUAAAUAAAUAAGAGCGCGUGAGCGUCAUCCGCAGUGUGUAGCAUAUACAUCUACUUGCACCACCUGAAGACAACGACCGACACUGACUGCUGGGAAAUAAAGAAACGGGGGAAAAAACACGAGCAAUCAGCGGCGACGGAGAAAAUCGGCGAGGGUGUCAAUGUCCUUGUGAUACAGAAGUAACUGAACAGCGGUUUCUUGUGUUUGAGGGAAGGAGGUAGAAGGGGGUAUCAGUGCUGCAGCGGCCGCCGUGAUGCUCUACACAUGUAGGCACGUUUGAAUCGGUUCAUCCCCGCCCUGUGUGGAUCUGACCGAACCGAACCGACUGUACAGUAACGGAUUUAAUAGGGGGACGCUGGAAGGCUCUGAAAAGGACUUAAGGCGCAGAGCUGGUGACUGGCUUUAGGAGCCUGCUCUAGCCGUUGGCUUCCUUCCUCGAACGAUCUUCUGCCGAGCACCACCUUUGCAGCGAUGGAGACCCCUACGAAGCUACCUCCGUCGAGCCCAUCAUCGCCGACCACGGGCUUCUCUGUGCCGAGCGCGGAGAAGGUAGACGGCUUCCCCCGCCGCUCGAUGCGCCGUGCCCGGCAGCGACGGUCCCAUAGCUCCUCACAGUUCCGCUAUCAGAGCUCCCAGGUGGAGCUCACGCCGCUGCCCUUACUUAAAGAUGCUCCAGUGGCAGAACUUCAUGACUUGUUCUGUAAGAAGCUGCAGCAGUGUUGUGUGCUUUUUGACUUCCUGGACUGUGUCGCCGACCUGAAGGGGAAAGAGAUCAAACGUGCUGCGCUGAACGAGCUUGUGGAGAGUGUGGCCACCAGUCGCGGAGUCCUCAUCGAACCCCUGUACCCAGAGGCUAUUAAGAUGAUCUCAGUGAACAUUUUUCGAACUCUCCCACCCAGCGAGAACCCUGAGUUUGACCCAGAGGAGGAUGAGCCAGCUCUGGAAGCCUCCUGGCCUCACUUACAGUUGGUGUAUGAAUUCUUUUUACGCUUUCUUGAGAGUCCAGAUUUCCAGCCUUCUCUUGCCAAGCGCUACGUGGACCAGAAGUUCGUUCUACAGCUGCUGGAGUUGUUUGACAGUGAGGAUCCCAGAGAGAGAGAAUAUCUGAAGACUAUUCUACACCGCGUCUAUGGCAAACUUCUGGGCUUGAGGGCCUACAUCCGCAAACAGAUCAACAACAUCUUCCUCAGGUUCAUCUACGAAACUGAGCGUUUCAAUGGAGUUGCUGAACUUCUGGAAAUUUUGGGAAGUAUCAUAAAUGGCUUUGCUCUGCCUCUCAAAUCAGAGCAUAAGCAGUUCCUGGUGAGGGUCCUGAUCCCCCUGCACACUGCCAAGUCUCUCUCCAUUUUUCAUGCGCAGCUGGCUUACUGUGUGGUGCAAUUCAUGGAGAAGGAUGCCACAGUUACAGAACAUAUCAUCAGGGGGCUGCUGAGAUACUGGCCUAAAACAUGCACUCAAAAAGAGGUGAUGUUCCUGGGGGAGAUCGAGGAGAUUCUGGACGUGAUUGAACCAUCUCAGUUUAUCCGUGUGCAGGAGCCUCUAUUCAAACAGAUUGCUGCCUGCAUCUCCAGCCCUCAUUUCCAGGUUGCAGAGCGGGCUCUGUAUUUCUGGAAUAAUGAGUACAUUCUGAGUCUAAUAGAGGAGAACUGCCAGGUCAUCCUGCCUCUGGUCUUUGGCACGCUGUACAGAGUUUCCAAAGAGCACUGGAACCAGACGAUCAUCUCUCUUAUUUACAAUGUGCUGAAGACGUUCAUGGAGAUGAACAGCAAGCUUUUUGAUGAUCUCACUGCCUCCUACAAAGUGGAGAAACAGAAGGAGCUGAAGAAAGAGAGGGAGCGAGCUGAGCUGUGGAGGAGUUUGGACGAUCUGCAGGAGAGGCGGCUGCAGAGUCUGACCGAGGCCAGCAGAAACCAGAAGAACCUGCAAGAGAGAGAGAACACAACCAAGAGCCAGUCAGAGACCAGCGCUGCCAACACCACCUAGAAACCGCACGCAGACGUACACGCGCACACACAGUUACAAACACGAAAUAUCACAACACUGUAAAACACAAUACUUGGGAACCAAUCAAUGCCUCAAUCUCCGUCUGAAAACACAAACACGCGCACACACCAUGCAGACACUACCCUCACAAGCACAUGAAUGACAGCCUGUCCAUAUGUAGAUAUCUGAAAAACACUGAAGCACACAUCACACAUGACGAGUGAGAUAUAAAAGAGAAAAAAAUGAGUACCUCUCACAUGCGUCCUACUCUUUCAUAUGCUUCAUCCACGCUUUUCACACACCUGCCUCUCUGCAUCUUUUCUUUCUAUUCCUACACGCACCGGGAUCAUCGACCUUAACAUGCAAAACAUACCUGCAUGGGGCGACACACAUGCGCACACGUACAUCCUUCAUCACCGUCAUUCCAGAACUGGCUCCGUUUCUCCGGGGCCCGAUCCGAGCCCCCCGUCAGUCGACCAACAGACUCUGCAUACUGUCAAACGCUGAAGAGGAAUGAAUUAUGAUGAUCCUAAAGAUGAAAAUUCUUUAAAAGUACAGAUUCUAAUGUUCCUACUUCUACAGCUUAUUCUAUAAGUACUACUUCUAUGCUAAUAUAACUGAUGUUUUUAUAUAUAUAUAUAUAUAUAUAUCUAUAAAUAUGAUAUCUAUGUCUGAUUAUAGUGUUGGUGGGGGUAUUCUAGUGUAGCACCUCAUAAACAUGACUGAAGUAUGCUGCUAGGUAAAACUAAACUUGCUCUGAAGUGACAACACUUUAGUCUGUUCUUAUGUUUUUUUUUGUUUUUUUUUUUAAAUCACAUUCAAAAUAUUUUAUUUAGCAAUAUUCUCAUCUGUUUUUGAAUAAUGUGUGUCUGGCUAUUUUUAAUUUAUUUUAUUAUUAUUUAUUUCUUUAAAAUCAAAUUGCUUGCUAACAUUCUCUUUGUAUUUCAGUAUAAUUUCAAGAGAGGACAAAGUGUUAUUUUUGUCUUGAUUUUUGUAUGUUUUGUUGCUUAUAUUUAUUGAUCGCUAAUGGGAAGGAAGUGCGUGCGUAGGCAUAUUGACAAAGCUUAAGAAGAAUCUGAUGCGCGAGUGUGCGAGCGUGUGUGGAUGUUGUAGAGAAGUUUAUUACAGUUUAGAAGAAAACAGGGAUUAGAUCAGAAUGUACCAUUCACUUUGAGCGUGCGUCAACGCUCAAAUGAACUGCCACUGUUGAUUGAUUUACAGUCUGUCUUAUUGAGAAAAGGAUGAGAAAAGCAAACCCUCUUGUUCUUGUUCACAAGAAAGCAUCUGGACUGACUCCUUUUUGUUUUUGACCUCUGAGAAAACUGGUAUCUGCAGAAACAUCACAUUUCAUAGGAACAAAAUGGAAAAGAAAAAUGAAAUAGAAUAGACACGGCAAUAAAUAUGGACUGAAAUUGUACGCAUACGUAGCAUCACUUAAACUAGAGUUGCACUGUCCUUUUGAUCAAUGUCUUGUGUUUAAACAUAGCAAUGUAUUUUUGGGGGACAAGCGGCUUUGGGAUAUGAAUGUAUAAAAGUGGGAUGUAAACAUGAAAACUUGUGUUGAACAACUCAG